AUGGCCAACAUACUGAGACCCUGGUUGAUCCUCGUAGCCCUCCUCGUGUGCGUGCUGGUUAGUCUGGGCACCUUCGCAGAUGCCUAUCCGCCCAAGCCUGUGAGCCCCGACAACAACGCGCCUCCGGAGGAAUGGGCCAGAUACAACACGGCGCUGCGACACUACAUAAACCUCAUCACUAGACAGAGGUAUGGGAAGAGGUCUUCCCCUGAGUCAGCUAUGGCGUGGUUGCUGUUUGGAGACGAGUCAGAAGGCGACUUAACACCAAGGUGAGAGGAUGAAGAGAUUGGGAGGCAUGGUGAUUCAAAAUAA